CCCCCCCCUCACCACCACCACGAAGCGGCCCUUCGCUCCGCGUUCACUUCAAAGGCGCCGCCGCCGCCGCGUGCAGGAGCCGUCUCGAUCGUCCGAGCGCUGCACGAGAGAGCCCCCCCCCACUCGAGACGACUUCUAAACAAACUCGACAACAACAACAACAGCAACAACAACAACAAUAGACGGAUCCUUAGCGACGCGAGCGCAACUCUAGCGGCCCAGGCACGUGCGGUCAACACGACGAGGUCCUCGGCUGGGCGAGGAGCGCUGCGCUGUCUCGCGUCUCCCCUGCGGCGCCCCUUGUGCCCGUGAGCAGCGGCCCGAUGGACGCGGGCAGCGCGCUGCCCUCGGUGGAGCUCUCCAACGGGCAGACAAUUCCCAUGCUGGGCUUAGGCACGUCGCACUGGGGCGGCUACUCGCACGCGGCGGUGCUGUACGCGCUGGGCACGUGCGGCGUGCGGCACGUGGACACGGCGCGGCGCUACGGCUGCGAGGAGCGCGUCGGCGCGGCCCUGCGGGAGAGCGGCGUGCCGCGCGCCAGCGUGUGGCUCACCUCCAAGCUGUGGCCGGGGGACAUGGGCCACGCUGCGGCCCGCGCCGCCUGCCUCCGCUCGUGCCGCGCGCUCGACACCGACUACCUCGACUUGUACCUGGUCCACUGGCCCGAGGGGCAGCCGCCCCCAGGCCAGAGCCGGCGGGAGCUGCGAGCGGAGACGUGGCGGGCGCUGGAGGAGCUCUACUCCGAAGGCAUCUGCAAGGCAAUUGGAGUGAGCAACUUUCAGCAGCACCACAUGGAGGAGCUGCAGGAAGACUGUGACGUCACCCCGCACGUGAACCAGGUGGAGUUCCACCCGUACCAGCAGCCUCGCGAGCUCAUGUCGUUCUGCCGCUCGCGGGGCAUCGCCUUCGAGGGCUACUGCCCCCUGGCCAAGGGGCAGGUGCUGUGCGACCCCACGAUCCGGGCCGUCGCGCGCAAGCACGCGCGCACGCCCGCCCAGGUGUGCAUCCGGUGGAGCCUGCAGAACGGGGUGAUCACCAUCCCAAAGUCGACAAAGGAGGCGAGGAUCAAGGAGAACUGCCAGGUGUUCGACUUCAGCCUACCUGCGGAGGACAUGGCGACCUUGGAUGGAAUGCACGCGGGCAGGAAGCUCAUUCAUCUCACUCAGCCCAUGUGGCAGGGCUGAGCAUUUGGAGUGCUCUUCAGCAACCACUGCAGGACUCGACUUGAAUCGGCAAUAAGUGCGGCCUGCUAAACCACCACAAGGAGUCACAUGAAACUAACGGAGCAGUGGUAGGUUUUAUGUUGUUUUUUUAAAGAUUAAUUUCAAGGAUGAAAACAUGGGAAAUGUGCGUGGCAGCUGCGGUCUCUCAUGAGACGCGCGAUAACGAAUCUCCUCAUGCUCCAUAAUCCCAGACCAGGCUUUCGCUUGUGGGUACUCUCCGAGGUACAGUCAUUCAUAAAUGGUAAUAUGGCUUUAAAUAAGAGACCUGGUUCUGUCCUGGAUUGGAGCCCAGAGAUUGAACUUGGAUUAAAAUCAGCUGUGAAGGGGUUCUGAGAGGGACAGGGAUUCAAGUGAACUACUGCCGAGUGUGCCCAGCAGAAGAGCUUCGUGCUCCAGCCCUCACCGUUGUGCCUCGAUUACGCGCAAAUGCAUUUCACUUUUCUGUUUUUCUGUGAAGCAUAAACAGGCAAGUGGAUGACUUUCAGAGCUGGGGUGCACGUCUGUGAUGUCACCUCUGAGUUGUUGCUCAUCCUAGUGAGCGAGCGGCGAUGGGGCAAUGCGGUGGCAUCUACACUGGAAUGUGGCUCUGCUCUAACAGUUGCAACCGAAAUGGAAAAAAAAACUCAAACAUUUGAUUCUUGUUGUGCCUUGUUGAAAGUAGCUGCGUUGCGGUAUACUGUACGCGGCCGAUAAAAAAAAACAUGAAUGUGUAAAAAUAUUUCGCAAUCUUGUGACCCCGAGCAGCCGAUCGUGAGUUUAAACACAAUUCGUCAAAGGCAUCUUUGAGAAACGGCGCGAAUCAAAUUCCCAAAAUGUUGACUUUCCAGGCUGUAAAAUUGCAUCUGAAAGCAACCACAAACAUCACGGCUUGCAGGAGUCGCUGGAGAGAAACACUCUUCCUGACGCAAAUGUAUCCACGUAUUCAGAGAGCCCCAGGCUGCAAAAAUCGCCGUCAUGUCUGACUUGGUGCAUUGCAGUGUUGUUGUUGUUGUGGAGUGCAGUGUUUAAUUCAGAGCUGAUGCAAUGUAACCUUCUAUACAGCAUGCACUCCCCCGCUGAGGCCUUCUGAGAGAGCCGCAGUGCGAUGCAUUAUUAAUAAAGGAUUUGUUUGAAACUCACGCCGGGGACAGCUUUUGUAAAAAAAUAUAUUUAUUUUGCCACAACCUGAGCCGCUGGCAAGCGUGUUGUUUGUCGUGGCGAUAAACGAGCAGAGUGUUUUAUUGUGAAUUUUUGAAGUCCUUUUGUGGGGCUCCCUCGGCUGCGAGCGGAAGCUGUCUCAUAAACAAGGCCCGCGAAUAAGUGUAUAACGAAACAGCGUGCUUAUGAUGUAAGUGACCUCGAUCGGUGCUCUGGCCAAUCAACCUCGGAGAGAAGCUCUCGCCUCCGCCGUCGGGCUCUGAAAGCGGAGGAGCGAAUGCACCCAACGCAAGCAACUCAAUUCCACACAUCCCAGCACGGCACCCACACGCGCGCUGGGUUUCCGUAGUAAAUAGAAGUCUUCAUUUCGCCGAAUAUGUUGAACGACGCGCCGCUUUCCAACACAAAUAGUAUUUUUCCUUUACCAGCCACCACUGGCACCGCGCGCGGUGAUUUAUGCGUUGUUUUUAGAGUAGCGUCCGGAUUAUAAAUAUCUGCAGUGAGAUAUAAUCCAUCACAUUCGGCACAUUUCAAACUUAACUGCGUCUCGAAUGCAUUUGUCAACAUUUAAAAGAUUUGUACAUGUUUAUCCUGUUUGUGAGGAGGGAAACGUUUGAAAGGAAGUAUAAAUGUCGUUUAUUCCCUCUAUAUUCCAAUGUUUAAUCCAAUAAACAGCACAUUCAAACUAAAUCAUUAGAAACCCAGGAACAGGCUUAACAUUCACUUACAUGGGCAUGGAAAGACUUAGGGAAGGGGUGGCUCAGCGGGAGAGUGGAUCCCAGUUGGUAGGUUGCGAGUUCAAAUCCCGGUCGGGGAUUGACUCGGGCCAUCGUCCCCCGCCGCGUGAGAGACGACGAGGACCACCUGGUGAGGAAGCCAACGGUCGUUGUCCUGUGGAUGUCCUUGCCCCCAUCGUAGGAAUGUGGAACUUCCACCACUGGCUCAGGGUUGUAAACGGGAGACGAGCUCCAAUGCCGCAAUGAACAUUCGAUCACGAAAUCACGUUGCCUUGAGCUUUGGCUGUGGCACUUAUUGAGGUGGUUGGGCCUACGUGUAGGCAUGUUGGACUUCUUUUGCACCGUACGCAGCCAACCGUGCUAAUCGGAGGUGCAGGAGGACUAAACACAAAAACGAAUUUCUCAAGAAAUUAGUUAUCAAUCUAAAUGACUUAAAAGUUGCUUCCUAAUAUCGGAAGAGCGUUCCAGACGGCCGCAGAAGCGCAUCUGAAAGCGCCACGCAAUGCAGUAAGCACCCUUGUUCGAUGGCCAGCGAGGACGAGCGGAGUUCGCGUGGUGAUUGGUUUAUGCUCCGUGACGAGAUCAGGGCCUGUACCGUACAAGCCAGCCAUCGUUUCCCUCGUUUCUGCCGUUCUGGUCCACUCACAAAACAUCUUCAUCUGGCUCGAUUCCAAGUAGGGUCGGGGUUGAGGUAAUCGGUGUUUUUUGUCGUACCUCGAGUCAGUGAGUGCACUUGAACGUGUGACAUCACCCGCAAUAAAAAGGGGUGACCGUGGCUGCUGCUGAUGAUGGUGAUGAUGGUGAUUAUGAGACUGCAGUGCAGUGCCAGUGGCCUGCAGCAUGAACGACGACCACAACGCCACCCUCCCAUCCCCUGCCAUCUCGUGCCAGCUGCCCUCCAAGAACAAUUUCACCCCGCUGCUCAUGACGAAUGAGCAGUUUGCACAACAGCGGGCAGAGCGAUGUGGGCAACUCGACCGCAGCAAGUGUGCGCUUGGGGGCACGGUUGGCUUAAAUUGCAGCCAUUCUCAGCUGCCCACCCGAACUCCCUGGGCCUCUGCCACAGCCUCCUGCCGGAGGUCCUCUUGCGUCUACACGCGGCCUUUCUGUGCGCCAAGCUGCUGCGGGCGGUGACAUCGCCACUUUGCGGGCAGUGAUGGAUUCAUCGCAGGGUGUGUGUGUGUGUAAAACUGCCAACAAUAAUCAUCCGUCCCUGUUGGAAUAAAUUGGAAAAUGUAAAUGUGUUGCCCACCGUAGCAAAUACACAAAAGAGACUGCACAUAUGGUUGUUGCUAUUUUGGCUUUCAUCAUUAAUAGUAAGGGAAAAGUGUAUAGCAUAGUAAAUGUUUAACUUUGGACGAUCCUUGAGAAAAUGUGCACCCGAACAUUUGGGUCCACCCAUUAGCAUUUGGUCACAGCAUUCAUCACCAUCAUCAGCCAUGAUC